GUGGUUCUGGCAAAACAUAUUUUGACAUAUAAGUUUGAACGAAUAUCGCCUUCAUACAAUUUUCUUGUUCUAGGUUCAAGAAUGCAUUUUCCCUCUCUUCUGCGAGUUAUACCAAAGUCCUGUGCUGAAAACUACUGCACCUACCCCACGACCAUUUUUACAUCUCUCAUGUGGGUUUUUUGGAAUGAGGAUGUGCAAUUUAUUAAGCAAGCGAAGACGCAACCAAAUGAUUACGACUUUAUCGUUGUAGGAGCUGGAUCUGCUGGAUGUGUUGUAGCGAAUAGACUCACAGAAAAUAAGGAGUGGAAUGUAAUGCUACUCGAAGCGGUAGGAGGGGAACCAGUUGCAGCUGAAAUUCCUGGCUUUUUUGUCCAACUUUUUAAGACAGAAAUUGACUGGAAUUAUAUAAACCAAGAAGAGGAAAGAUCAUUUUUAAUGGAGAAACGCUACAGGCUGCCGCGUGGAAGAGCAUAAUUUUAUUUUUUAAAUCAAAUUUAAAAAAAAAAAAAGAUCUUCCCUCCGCUGGGAAUCAAAUCACAGAACUUCAGAGAGCCGAUCGGUUGCUUUUCCCUUUCACUGCUAGAGAGAUCGAAAGAAAAAUCCUUUUCUAGAAAUAAACGCCAUAUUUCACCAGGUAAUGUGUGGUACAAGUACACUAAAUGGCAUGAUUUACAUGAGAGGUAAUAAAAAUGAUUACAAUAACUGAGCCGAAAUAGGAAAUCCUGGAUGGAGCUAUCAUGGAAUUUUACCUUAUUUUAAGAAGUCAGAGGAUAACAAAGACCCAGACGUAAUUAUAAAUUGAGUAACAGAAAUUUUUCAAUAAUUGAAAAGUUAUUUUCAAAUGAAAUAAAAAAUUGUGGAGUUCUCAUUUUAUUUAGAUCGUUAGACAGAACACGAGAUAUCGUAGAACUGGAGGAUAUCUCACAGUAUCAAAGUUUCCUUUGCUUUCUGAAGCAGGAGAAAAAAUACAAGAAGCUUUCAACGAACUCGGAUAUCCAACCAGAGAUGUAAAUGCCGAAAGUCAAUUAGGAAUAACAAAUACCCAAGUAACUAUAGACAAUGGAGUUCGAAAAACUACCAAUGCAGCCUUUAUUCGUCCAAUUUGAGGAACAAGGCCCAACUUGAUUGUUAGAAAUAAAAUCUACGUAACUAAAAUUUUGAUAGAUCCGUUCGCGAAAAAAGCUUAUGAUGUUGAAUAUAAAUGUAGACGCACUGGCAUGACUGGGAUACUUAUGGCGAAGAAAGAAGUAAUUGUAUCCGCAGGUGUUAUAAACUCACAAAAGUUACUGAUGGUUUUAGAGGCGGGACCAGCUGACGAACUUCAAAAGCUUGGAAUCAACGUCUAUAAAAACUUAUCAGUCGGUCAUUAUCUUCCCGAUCAUUUUAUAACUAUCGGCGUCUCUGCAAUAAUAAAAAAUGUAUCAUCAGAUGAUCUUCACAAAUGUAAAGAAGAAGCAGGAAACUUUAGUUAUUAUGCAAGAACACAGCAAGGAAGUUUCUCCACAAGCAGCUCAGUACUUCUUUCUGCUUAUGCUCGCACAGAUUAUGAAAUAAAUCAAAAAGUCCCAGAUAUACAACUGCUUGUGAUUAUAUUAAAUGAAAGCGAAUUUUCUAUUUCUACAAUAUUACUAGCUCCGAAAAGUAGAAGAUUGAUUAAACUAAAUGCUACUCAUCCAAUUUGGGGGUCACCUUUUACACAUCCUGGAUAUUUGACUGCCGAACCAGAUCUCAAACGUAUGAUUCAGGGUAUUCGAAUUGGUGUCAGUAUAUUCAAUACCACGACUAUGCAAAAAUAUCAAUUCAAACUUAAUGGUUUAAGUUAAUUUAACUAAAACUUAACUAACUAACUAAAACUCAACUAAAUGGGUCCUGAAGAAGAUUCGGAAGCUGUUGUUGAUCCAAGAUUGCGAGUUUAUAGAAUUAAAGGAUUGAAAGUUAUUGAUGCGUCUAUCAUACCAUUUGUGAUAAGAGGAAAUACGAAUGCACCAACUAUUAUGAUUGCUGAAAACGGUAGUGACAUGAUUAAAGAGGGUUGGUUAGGAUAAAUAAAAACAAUGAAAUCAUGAUAGCUUUUACUAUUGAAAAUAGGUUUUAGUAUUACUGCUUGUAGGACUUACGACGAUGAGUACUUCACCGUUGUAAAAUUUAUGACGAUGAGUAUUAACUGUCCCUGGUUAUAUAUAAUUAAUUAAUAUAUAAUUUAUAAUAAAGAACAGUACUAAAAAUGUAUUAACUUCUAAAAGAUUAAACUUUUUAAUGCCUACGCUU